AUGGAGGCAUUCAAGGGUCUUCAGAAGAGUCUCACCAACCUGGGUGGCCAGAUCACCCCGUUCGCCUCGCGGACAAUUCAAUACACCAAGGAGCAGCUGGGUCAAGCUGAGGACAAGACCCAAAUGCCCCCUGAUUACAUUGAUCUGGAGAAACGCGUCGAUGCGCUCAAGGCUGUUCACCAGAAAAUGCUGGCAGUGACCUCUCAGUACGCCAGCGAGUCCUACGACUACCCGGCCAACCUGAAGGAGACCUUCCAGGACCUCGGCCGCACCGUCCAGGAGAAGGUGUCGCUCUUGUCCAGCGCUACCUCGCCCGCUGAGGCUCAGGCUGCCUUGACGGCCCCGCCUAGCCACAAGCCGCAGCCCAAGACUUUCCCGCAUGCUAUCGCGCGCGCCAGCCUGGCUAGCAGCCAGGUCCUACACCAGACGCACACUGGCGCAGGUGAAGACCCUCUCGCGACCGCGCUUGAGAAGUAUGCCUUGGCCAUGGAGCGUAUUGGCGAGGCGCGCCUGGCUCAGGACGCCCAGAUCCAGAGCCGGUUCCUGGCCGGCUGGAAUACCACGCUCAACACCAACAUUAUGUUCGCCACGCGCGCCCGCAAGGCCGUCGAGAAGGCCCGUCUGACUCUCGAUGCCGUCAAGGCCCGCGUCAAGGGCACCACCUGGCGGCUACCCGGCACUGGCCCCCGUGACCACCAUGACGACCAUCAUGAGCUGAGCCCUGAGGCACAGGAAGAAAUUGAGAAGGCCGAGGAUGAGUUCGUCACGCAGACCGAAGAGGCUGCUGGCGUUAUGAGAAAUGUUCUCGAGUCUCCCGAGCCGCUGCGCAAUCUGGCUGAGCUGGUUGCCGCGCAGAUGGAGUUCCAUAAGAAGGCCCAUGAGAUUCUGAGCGAGCUUGCGCCCAUCAUUGACGGGCUGCAGGUCGAACAGGAGGCAAGUCGUGCUUCGGCUUUCUCUCUCCACUGA